ACCGUGCGCAACAAACAACAGGACGAGUUGCUUAGAGGCUUUGGAGAAAUGCAAGGAUCAUCAUCCAUGGUUUGCCAUUGAACAGGAAUACACUUUGCUAGACGGAGAUGGUCACCCUCUUGGUUGGCCAAAGGGCGGUUUCCCUGGCCCACAGGGUCCUUAUUACUGUGGUGUUGGAACUGGCCGUGUUUUUGGUAGAGAAGUUGUUGAAGCCCACUACAUGGCGUGUCUAUAUGCUGGGAUUAUGCAUGGCGGCGAGAAUGCAGAGGUUAUGCCAGGACAGUGGGAAUUCCAGAUCGGACCGGUGGAAGGAAUUGACCUCGCAGAUCAGACAUGGAUGGCAAGGUACAUAUUAUCACGAAUAUCCGAGCACUUCGGUGUAAUUGAUACACUGGAUCCGAAGCCAAUGAAUGGCGACUGGAACGGUGCUGGAGCACACAUGAACUUCAGUACAUCUGAUAUGCGAAAAGAUGGUGGACUGUCGGAGGUGUACGCGGCUGUAGAGAAGCUUUCAAGGAGACACGAAUACCACAUAAAGAUGUACGAUCCAAAUAGCGGAGAAGACAACAAACGGAGAUUGACAGGCCUUCACGAAACCUCUACCAUACACGAUUUUUCACACGGUGUGGCGAACAGAGGGUGCAGUAUUAGAAUUCCACGUCAAUGUGCUCUUGAUAAUAAGGGAUACCUGGAAGAUAGGCGACCGUCAGCUAAUUGUGAUCCGUAUUCAGUUUGUGAAGCUCUUAUAAGAACCAUUGUUCUUAAUGAAAGGGAUUGCCCACAUGUUGACGAGAACAUUGCAGAAAAUGGAGACACAGAUAAAAAGGCUGUCGACGAAGCACUGGGAGGAUUGGGCCUUCUCACUAAAUCUGAUAUGGAGAACAUGAUAUCAAAACUCGAGAAUAAAUUACUUGGGUGUAUUAAAAAGGAAGUAAACAAGGCAGCUAAACCGUUGGAAGCACGUGUGGAGGACCGCAAGUCGACCAUGGCUUUCAAGUCUGCAGUAACAUCGUGUUUCUUUAAUAUCUGCAAGCAAAAUGCUUCAACAGUAGCAAAGAGAUAUCUGUCUAUAUCGACCAAGCUAACAGUAUCAGCAGCGAUGUCAUCACGUAGAGGUUCAAAGACAGAAUUGAACACAGCCAGGAGACUUGGUGCAAUCCGCCAUUACGCCGGUACUGACCAAGCUAUAUUGAGCUCGUACAUGGACCUGCAGUCAGACAAGGUCAUUGCAACAUAUGUUUGGAUUGAUGGAAGCGGAGACCACACUAGAGGCAAAUCAAGGACACUUGAUAAUGAACCGGAGCGUCCGGAAGAUCUUCCGGUCUGGAACUAUGAUGGUUCAUCGACAGGCCAGGCACAGGGUGAGAACAGUGAUACAUUCUUGUAUCCAAGGAGAAUUUUUCCGGAUCCCUUUCGCAGAGGCAAAAACAAGCUUGUUCUUUGUGAUACUUACAACUACCAAAAUGAACCGUGCGCAACAAACAACAGGACGAGUUGCUUAGAGGCUUUGGAGAAAUGCAAGGAUCAUCAUCCAUGGUUUGCCAUUGAACAGGAAUACACUUUGCUAGACGGAGAUGGUCACCCUCUUGGUUGGCCAAAGGGCGGUUUCCCUGGCCCACAGGGUCCUUAUUACUGUGGUGUUGGAACUGGCCGUGUUUUUGGUAGAGAAGUUGUUGAAGCCCACUACAUGGCGUGUUUAUAUGCUGGGAUUAUGCAUGGCGGCGAGAAUGCAGAGGUUAUGCCAGGACAGUGGGAAUUCCAGAUCGGACCGGUGGAAGGAAUUGACCUCGCAGAUCAGACAUGGAUGGCAAGGUACAUAUUAUCACGAAUAUCCGAGCACUUCGGUGUAAUUGAUACACUGGAUCCGAAGCCAAUGAAUGGCGACUGGAACGGUGCUGGAGCACACAUGAACUUCAGUACAUCUGAUAUGCGAAAAGAUGGUGGACUGUCGGAGGUGUACGCGGCUGUAGAGAAGCUUUCAAGGAGACACGAAUACCACAUAAAGAUGUACGAUCCAAAUAGCGGAGAAGACAACAAACGGAGAUUGACAGGCCUUCACGAAACCUCUACCAUACACGAUUUUUCAUACGGUGUGGCGAACAGAGGGUGCAGCAUUAGAAUUCCACGUCAAUGUGCUCUUGAUAAUAAGGGAUACCUGGAAGAUAGGCGACCGUCAGCUAAUUGUGAUCCGUAUUCAGUUUGUGAAGCUCUUAUAAGAACCAUUGUUCUUAAUGAAAGGGAUUAG